GAUUUGGUUGACUUUCAAAUUUCUGAAUAUUACCCCAUGUAAUCUUCAAUUUUGUAUUUAAAAUUCUUUUCAAAUAUGCUGUUAUUGGUAUAUAUAUCACCUAACAAUUAAAGUUACUAAUCUAAUCAUUUGAAAUGAGUACUUUCAAAUCUACUAUUGUUUGUGAUAAAUAUUUUUUUUAUCAAAGUGUUAAGAUAAAUAUAUAUAUAAAUAUUUAUUUUUUACUAUUCAUUAUUUUUACUUUUGAGUGAUUUGUAACAACUUUUUCUACAUUCACCAAAAAUAACAUUUUGAAACUUAUCAAAAUUUAAUUCAUCCAAAUUACCCUAUUUAAUUUGAUCGAAUACAUUAAAAACUCUCUUUUAGAUGGUCUGAAAAAGCUUUGUGCCAAAAAAAAAAGAUGGUCUGAAAAAGCUCUCUUUUAAGACAAUCCAUCAUCUCUUUCUAUCAGUUCCAAGUUCCAACAAAUCUCCGACCAAAAGCAAAAGCAUCCGCAGAACUAGAUUCCUCAAUGGAAGCAUCUGAGCCAAAAACUAACUACACACCCACCGUUGAGACAAUGACGUCACCUGCUUCUUCCUCCGUCGCCACCACAAGCGUCCACGUAAGCGCUCUCGACGGCCUCGUCAACGUGAACUCUCUCUUCACCAUCGCCGUCUUCGUAGGUCUCUCCAUAGCCAUUCCGGGACAGCACAGCCUCGAGCUCCGGUCCAGCUGCGACGCGAGCGCUGACGUGGCGAAGAAGCUGCUGGUUUUCGAAGUCGUCUCCUUCAGCUUCUUCCUCUUCUCCUCCCUCGUGGCUCAGGGUCUCAAGCUCGCACUGAACCUUCUCAACAGCAAAGACGUGGACGAGAUUUUCAGAGCUCAUAUCAGUAUCAAGGUGCUGAGAUGGGGAAUGAUGGCGUCUGCUGUUGGAUCUGUGAUGGGUUGUUUGUUCUUGAUGCUGUCUAUGGUUAAUGUGAUUCAGAUCCGUUUAGGGUUGCUUUCUUGUGGUAGUGAGUCUUCGGCUCAGGCGGUUGCGACGCUGGUGACGCUUGUUUCCUCUGCUCUCUUGGUUUAUAUCUCUACUGCUAUUUAUGCUUUCUGGCAUUGAAACUGAUUUGAAUCAUCGGCAAUGGAUGAUAAUAGAGACAAAAUGAUUUUGCUAGUCAUUGGCUUUAUUUUGAUUGGCCAAUGUAAUUUAUCAUUGUCUUUAAAUCUUUUUUUUUUUUUUCUGGUUAAAACAGUUUCUCUAUAUUUCUUUGUUUUAUGAACACAAGCGAAGCUGUGUGUAUUUUGUUGUUUUAUUCAGCUGAGGGGUUUAGUGAAAGUAUUGGACUUUAUUUCUCUAACUUUAUGGAUAACAUUAUUGAUAUUAAUGGAGAAA